AUGGCGCAUGCCCAGGAUUCCCAAGAGCCCCAUAAACGGAAACGGGACGCAGACGACGGCGGCGCUCAGCCAGCUCACUCUGAUCGCAUUCCCCAGCCUCCUCCGCCUCAGUCAGGCAAUGCAUCCAUCAUCAACUACCUAUCCAAAGCCAGCACUGGUAGACUCCAGCUCAUUCAGGGAGAGCCUGACACAUUCUCGGAUGUGCUUGGUUUAUUAAAUCAGUACGAAGGAGUCCUCAAUAGACAUGAGAGUCUCGCGGCAAAUUUGGGCGCCAAGCUCACCGGGCCCCGUCUGCUGAAAGCUAUGGAGGGAGCUUUUGAAGGUCCCAUCAUCACCAAUCCACCGCCUCCAUAUGGUGCGGCACCCGUGAGCUGGCUCGAUAUUGUCACCUUUGCCAAGACAAAUCCUGAGAAAUUUGUUCUCACUACCGGACACGACGGCGAACGCACGUGUCAGUUCUACCUGAACGGCAUCCAGACCCAGAUUCUUGAAGAUGACUGGCGACUCAUUAUCAACGGUGCCUUGGACAGGUUCUCCGUCGUGUCCACGGCUCCCCUGGAAGAGGAUGAGACGGCCGAAGUUGCGACACUGGAAAUUGUGGAGCAGCGAUUACAGGUUCUCAUCAAGAAAGCCGAUGAGAUCGCCAAGAGGGCAAGACAGCUCAACUACCACUUGAGCGGCCGCAGAGCCGGAAUCAACUCACGUCAUGGCGGACAGCAGGGAAGCAGCUCGGCCUUCCAGUCCAUCAACCACUCCAGAGGCCACGUUGCCCACGGAGCUGGAUACGACCUUCACGCAGACCUGCUCCAGCAGUUCCUGUCAUCUUCCCAAGCCUACCCCCCUCGAGUGCCCUCCAGCGCCGGCCUCGAGCAAGCCCAUUCGACGGGCCAACACACCCCGCCCGCGACAAAUCCUCAUCCGCACUCACUACCCUUGCAAGGACGUCCAGUUGUCGUGCAUGCGCCACCGGUCAUGCCACAGAGAGAUCCGUCGUAUGACCCGUCGUCGCCGCACCGGGCCAUCAUCACGGCAAGGAUAGAAAAGUUGAACAAGGGAGACCAGAUUUGGCCGCCGGCUGCACGAAGAAGCACGCCAAGUGCGGGUGGAAAACGAUUACCGAAGAAGAGAUUGUCUGGCUCAACCGCGAGGCCAGCAGCAGUGCUGACGAAGCGCCGCACGUGGAACCGAGCCCGGUUCAGCCGGCGCCGCCCUGGAUGCCGGAGCCGCACCCGCACCGCGGGGAGCAGCAGCAUCAGAACCAACUGCCCAGUCUGA